CAUCCGUCUAUCACUCACAACAAAGGCUUUACAAGAGAACCAUGAAGGUGGUGGGAGUCAUUGGAGGUGGGGCAGCUGGUCUCUGUGCUGCUCGACACAUCUUGUCCUCAGAGGAGCUGACCCCAAUAGUAUGGGAACAGUCGUCGCAGAUAGGUGGUACGUGGAGGCUCUCCAAAGACGUUGGGACAGAUAGCAAAGGUUUUCCUGUACACUCAAGCAUGUAUGAGAGUCUGAGGACAGAUUUACCAAAAUUGAUCAUGAAAUUCCCGGAUUUUGACUUUCCAAGUGAGGUAGAAUCUUUUGUUCAUCACACAUCUGUUCUCAAAUACCUGGAAGAUUAUGCUGAUCACUUCAAUCUUCAUCCAUAUAUUAAACUCGGCCACAAUGUUGAGAAUGUAGCUGUAUUGGAGAGUGAUGAAGGGCCUCCAUCCUGGGCUGUCACAGUGAAAGAUCUGUCAACUGAUGUAGUCAGUACAGUCACCUGUGAUGCCUUGCUUAUUUGCAAUGGACACUUCUCCACUCCUCAAAAACCACUUAUGAAGGGAUUGAGGAUUUCAAAGGUCGACAAAUUCAUAGUCAUGACUAUCGUGAACCGUCACCAUACACAGAUUCCAAAGUUAUAAUCCUUGGUGCUGGGGCCUCUGGGCUGGAUAUUUUAAUGGAAGUAUCCACUGUUGCCAAGGAGGUACUUCUUUCUCACAACCUCCCAGUUCCCUUCCCUUCUGAGUUGCCUCCAAAUGUCAAACAAGGUCCAGGCAUAUGAAAGUCGCGGAAAAUGGCUUUUAUCUUAAAGACGGUACCUUCCAAGAAGCAGAU